GAACUUUUCCUUCCUAACAUAUCAGUUUUCCUGGGGCGAGGCCAUUUCACUCACAUGGAAUGGAAACGGCUGCAAAGGUUUAACCCACCAUAUGGAUGGAUGGAAGUUAAUUAUAAUGUAAUAAAACGGGUGAUAUCCUGGCUUCCCGAUCAAACUCAUCUCUCGAUACAUAACAGAUCUUCUGAUCCACAGUGUGUCACUUGUGCUGUGGUAGGAAAUGGAGGUAUUUUAAAAGGAUCAAACAUGGGAAGAGAAAUAGAUUUGCACGAUUACAUAUUUCGGGGUAAUGGGGCUGCGAUCAAAGGAUUUGAGAAGGAUGUGGGGCAUCGAACAUCAUUUUAUGGCUUCACCGAGUCCACCGUCCGUGAAUGUCUAAGAGGACUAACAGAAAGUGGCUUCACAGGGAUUCCAGAUGAGCAGGUAUUCAGCACAAGCCAACUCAUUAUGUACAGAACAGAAGCAUGCAAAUAG